UAUAACAUCACACAAAUCAAUUACAAGCAAUUAUAAAUAUCAACAAAUAGAUUACCAAUUUCAUCAUCAUCUUCCUCUCACAACUAAAAUUCUGACAAUAACAUCCAAAUUUAGAGAGAGAAAAAAAAAAUAGUGGGAUGGAGGAGGAAAUAGCAGGAGCUUCGAAGCAAAAUGGGAAGGUUAUGAUAGCAAUUGAUGGGAGUGAGAGUAGCAGUUAUGCGCUUAAAUGGGCAGUGGAACACCUUGAUCAUAAACUGAAAUCGGGUGUCAUUAUUUUUACUGCUACUUCUGCUGAUUAUACUGGUGUUUUCUCUGGCAGUUAUGGCUCUGUUCCUCUUGACCUGGUAACAUCACUCCAAGGCGAUCAGAAGGACUUUACUGUAUCUCUCCUAACAAAAGCAAAGGAACUAUGUGAAAAGCAUGGGAUUGAUGCUGAGACAGUUGCUUUGAUGGGCAAUCCGAAAGAAGCGAUAUGUGAUGCAGUACAGAAAUUUAAUUGUCAACUACUGAUUAUGGGCAGCCGUAGUCGGGGACGAAUAAGGAGGACUUUCCUUGGUAGUGUGAGCGACUACUGUGUUCACCACGCAAAGUGUCCAGUUCUUGUUGUAAAGCAAUCAGUUUGAAGAAAAUAUUAAUAUGCAGCUAUGUAAAGGCAUGAUAUCUUUGUUUUCCAGCAUGUUGUGCUAUAUAUUGCUGUUAUUUGUAUAUAUGCAGCUGUUAUACCAGCUCGAUAUGAUAUAUAAUAUUGUUGUUCCACUAGUAAAAAUAUGCAGUGUCCGUCAUAUCAAGGAACUAAAAUUUUGUGACAUAUUUCAUAGCUGUUUGUACGAAGUUUAAUUAAGUUCAGUUUCUUUGAGAAAA